GUCAGUACUUCCUCAAAACUUCUUUGAGGAAGUUAUCACUUCUCCUUUGCUCCUUUAAGGAGGCUUGGUCUUCCUGCAUCUGAAGGGAUACUGGCUUUAAACAGGCUCAGAACCCUUCCACGCUUGCAUACCUGGCAGAGGAACAGCAGACAAAAGUCUCUGAGCCUGGGAAUAAUCACGGCUUCUGUCCUCAGCCAGAGCCCCAACAAGGAGACCAGAAGAGAUGAUGCUGGAUCUUCUGGGACCCUUUCCUCUCCUCCUGUUGCUGCUGGGAUCAUGGGGACCAGUGCAUCCACUUGGUGCUUGGGCUCAACCCCCAACCAGGGCUCAAUGGUUUGCCAUUCAGCAUAUAAGUACAGGUCCCGUCCAAUGCAACAUGGCAAUGCGUCGUGUCAAUAAUUAUAAUCAGCGCUGUAAGCCUCAAAACACCUUUCUGCAUGACACCUUCCAGAACGUGGCUGCUACCUGUCUUUUGCCCAACAGGACCUGCAAGAAUGGCCAGAAUAACUGCCACCAGAGUGCAAAUCGUAUUGGCAUGACUUACUGCAGUCACACUGGAGGGACAUACCCCAACUGCCGCUACAGUACUACUCCCCAGAACCAGUUCUACACUGUUGCCUGUAACCCCCGUAAGCCGGGCGACCCUCCCUAUCCUCUAGUUCCUGUGCACUUAGAUUAAGACUGAGAUUUCCAUGGGCACUUGGGUGGCUCAGUCCUUAAGCAUCUGCCUCUGGCUCAGGUCAUGGUCCCAUAAAUAAAUAAAUAUCUUAAAAAAAAAAUGCCAGGGUUUCCAAGGUUCCCAUUACUUCCUCUCUCCCUUGGUACUUGUUCUUUUAUGGUCUCUUCUGCUUUUCUUUUCCUUUGUUGAUUUCCAUGGUUCCCAUAGAAGAAAGAAGAAGGGGACUGGGAGAAUUAGAGGACCAAGAUUCAAGACCAGAAUUGGGACAAAAAUAAACAGGAUUCUUUUCCGCUUUGGAGCUCUGUGUGUUUUGAGGGAAGGGAAUAGGGAAGAGGGCAAAGAAAGACCCAGGCCCCCUAUUUUUAAUCUUGGAACUUCUGCCAAGCUUUGUUGCAUUGUGUUCUCAGCAAUAAAAUCACUUUCUGUUGCAUUGUAA